AUGGCACUCACAAAGGAUGUGAAGAUGCCGUCCGAUGAGGAACUCACCGUUCCGCAAGAGAUCACUCUUUCUACACCAUGGUUUAAAGCUGUCGCGCAGUAUAUGGGCAAACAUUGCGAAAAUGAAAUCAAUGUAAGUUCUCUACUGCUAAUCUUUUUGAUGUUUUCAUUCUCGGCAGUUCCCUUUCCAAUAAUCUUUUAAUA